AGAAAUCCAUCAGAAGAGAAAAGGAAGCUAAACAUUUCAAGGAAGAAUCUUUCAAAACUACACAUACUAAUAAGAGAAGGACUGACCAGAUAGUGAAACAUACCCUGAAAAUCUUUUGAGAAAAAAUAAGUAAAUAUAUUGCAGAGAGAAUUGAAGGGCAGGGCAAUGGGUAUUGUUGCUGCUGCUGGUGCCAAAGUUUUAGAGUACAAGAAGGGCAUUCUCGUCUUUUUCGUGACAUCAACAGUGCUAAGUUUUGCCAUAACUAAUGUGGCCCCCCGAUUUGCCGACAUGUUUGCUUAUUUCUGGCCACUUUUCGUCUCGACAACUGUAUUCAUGGGGGCGAUAAUCGCCUUCACCCAGGUCCCACCUUUGGCUGUCGACUACAGAGACGAGAGAGAUGGCGAGUGGCUGUUGGAAUACCUUACAGGCCUCCCUCAACAAUCUUGAAGAAUAAAGCUAGGGUAACACCAACGUUUUUAUUGUCUGAACAUGUCUUUACAAAACAUGAAAUGGCGGUAACCCCAAAAUGUUGGGAUUAAUUACCUCAACACGACUCAAAUUUGAAUAAUACCAGUACAAUAUAAUGCAUCUGAUAUU